UGGAGCCCAGGGAUAUAGUGGGCAGGAAUGAGCACUGGUAUCUAGAGAGGCCCAGACCAGCAGACGAUCCAGCCAGGCCGAUCAGGGCAAAACCCAGCAAACACCAUGUCUGGGAGGAGAAAUCGCCAGCUGUCUUUUAGGCGUAGGAAGCACACCCAGUCCCGCUCUACAAGAGCCGAGCUGCAGUUUCCUGUUAGCCGUGUGGACCGCCUCCUGCGACAGGGUGCGUAUGGCCAGCGCCUGAGCUCGUCGACACCUGUUUUCCUCGCUGGUAUUCUUGAAUACCUGACAGCCAACAUCCUGGAGCUGGCAAGCAAGGAGGCCCACAGCAGCCGCAAGAUACGCAUCACCCCAGAACACGUGCAGAGGGCAGUGGAGAACAACCAGCACCUCAGCCACCUCUUUGAGAAUGAGACCUACCGUCAGAGUGAUCAGAUGCCGCAACCCAGUAAGAAGUGAUGCCGGAGUCCCACAGCCUGGCGAGACCUCAUCAACAGCCUCAUCUGGUCCCCCAGUGACCCAUAGAUGGGAAGGCUUGGUCUUCUGCUGUCAGUGCAUACAAUUAAAGCAUUUAUUGCUGUG